AUACAGGGGCAAUCUCUUCACAACAAUGCAUCUGUGAUCAGCGGCAACUUUAAAGACCUUGUUUAUGCCGGGAGCUGUGACACGGAGUCGUCACUGGCAUUGAGCAACGUCACCGGUAAAAUCGUCCUAUGCUAUCAACCCGUGGCAGCGAGAAGCAUGCCGCCUCGACAAGCACUUCCCAUAGCCAUCAAUCUCACCACCAUGGCUGGCGCCAAGGGCCUCAUAUUUGCACAGUACACUACUAACCUCCUCGACUUCCUGCCUUUGUGUAGGGGCGUUAUGCCCUGUGUAGUGGUGGAUUUUGAGAUCGCACAACGAAUUGCCUCCUAUUGGAGUUGGGACAAAGGGAAUGCGGUGGUGAAGGUGUCACCUGCCAUGACCGUUGUCGGAAAAGGGGUGUUGUCGCCGAGGGUCGCCUCAUUCUCGUCGAGAGGUCCAAGCAUGUUGUUCCCUAGCAUACUCAAGCCCGACAUUGCUGCACCUGGCGUCAGCAUCUUGGCAGCGGACCGCGACUCCUACGUGUUCAAAUCCGGGACAUCCAUGGCGUGCCCGCAUGUCUCCGCUGUGACCGCACUGCUCAAGUCGGUUCACCCUGGCUGGUCACCUGCCAUGAUCAAGUCUGCCAUCGUCACCACAGCAUCUGUGACUGAUCGUUUUGGCAUGCCAAUCCAAGCAGAAGCGGUCCCAAGGAAACUAGCUGACCCCUUCGACUUUGGUGGUGGACACAUAGACCCAGAUAGAGCUGUUGACCCUGGCUUGGUUUAUGACGUGGAUGCAAGAGAGUACAACAAGUUUUUGAACUGCACUCUUGGAUAUUUAGAUGGUUGUGAGUCCUACUACCUCAAUCUCAACCUCCCGUCAAUUGUCGUGCCGGACCUCAAGGACCAUGUCAUGCUUCGGCGCACUGUGACUAACGUUGGGCCAGCGGAAGCAACAUAUCAUUUAGUGGUUGAAGCUCCAGCAGGUAUAGAUGUGUCGGUAGAACCAUCUGUGAUUACUUUCACCAAAGGAAGCAGUAGAAGCGCAACAUUUAUGGUGACAUUCACCACAAGGCAGAGAGUGCAAGGAGGAUACACUUUCGGGAGCUUGACAUGGUCAGACGGAAGUACCCACUCAGUUCGAAUUCCAGUUGCUGUAAGGACUGUGAUACAAGACUUUGUUGCGGAUACCGCCUAA